AAUAUUAAAAAUUAUUCUACUUAUUUCUAAGACAGUUGACGAAUAACAAAGAGUUAGACGGGAUAUUUGUUUCGACUCCAUUACCCACAUCCUUGGGCACUUUUUAUAAUGUGGAAACAUGCUGGCCCAGAUUUGUCAGUUUCUUGCUGUUGACUCAAGCUAUUUUCCUCAAAAUGAGCAUAUAAUCAUUGGUGAUAGGUCUAAUGAAGGUUGCUUCUUGGUACAUUAUUUCCUUAACUUGUGUGAGAAACAAAACAGACCAGUGUGCGUGAUCGGAUUAUCUCAAUCUUUCCAUCAUUACAACACGGUUGCCCACAAGCUUGGGACCAACCUACUUUCAGCUUGCGAUGAGAACAAAAACCUUCAUUUUAUUGAAGGCCUAAAAUUACUUGGUGGUUGUUUUGACGUUGUUUCGACUGAUUCUGAUAUCUCCAAACCAUUUCUAGAGUUUGUUAAUGGUAUUAGCACCCCACUUUUGCAAUAUAUCCAAUCGUCAGUUGAUAAGUUAACCCAAAUUGAGUGCCCUGUGGAUAAUGUCCAUGGUCCUGUAGUAAUUGUUGAUGAUUUAUCUGUGCUUUUGACUGCUGGAGCCUCAGCUAAGGACAUAAUACUGCUCCUGAAUGGGCUACGCCGCAUAGUUUCAUCUCAGAAAGUGAAGGGCUCGUUAAUUACAUUCUCAAGUCUUGAAAAAGAGGAUGAGGAAAUCGAGGAAGUCUGGGCAUACAUGUCACACAUCAGUACUCUGAAAAUUGAAGUUUCAGCUUUGAGCUCAGGUUUCUGCAAAGACGUACAUGGUCAGAUGAAAAUUGAAUGGCAAGAUAGCUGCACAAAACCAAGGAAGUCCAACUCAAAGCACACCCAGUUUAAGCUGUCUGACAAAAGUGUUGAUCUCUUCGCUUCUGGUAUGUCCGCUGCUGUGCUCUAAAGCAGCACUGUGAUUGUUUUGGAGGAACGGACAGACUUUUUGAAUUAACGCCACAACUUUGGAUUCUGGCAUCAUAGAGAAA